AUGCUUCAAAUUGCAACGCUACUGUUAGCAUUCGCUGGGUCAGCUAUGGCUGCUUUCUGUCCUACUCAACCAAUCACAGCCAUAACUCUGGGAGGAAACUUACCAAAUGGAGUUGCUAACAUCACUGCUGUUCCACAAGGAACCAAUUGCACAUUCAUUUUUAACAUUCCUAACAACUACAAUAUAUUAUUAAGACUCUCGGCUCAAUCUGGUUCUGAUAACGAUAAAUACCAAUCGCGUGAGUAUAAGAACGAAAAAGAACAUUUGAAUACUGUUAAGCUUUUAGUUGCUAACUAUCAACGAAUAAACAAAAAGACUGGAGAGUACUUCCCAUUGGCUCAGUUAACUCCUAACACAUAUGUGACUAUCACAUCAUCCUCCGUCAAUGAGAAGGUUAUCGUUUCCCCAGCCUCCAGAGCAGGUUUUGACCCAGACGCAUCUCUUACCGAAACGUACGUUUACGACGGAGAUAAUAUCAACACGGCAAACGUGAUGGGAAGACUUUCCGACUUUAAGGAUAUCCGAAUUUCGACGGGACAAAGUGUGUCUAUUGUUAACUUUGCUGGCAGGUCCUCCAGGUCUUACGCUCUCGGUAACGAUGCAUCCACACUUCAUAAGUUCGGCAAGUACACUGUUCUCCUCACUACUGAAGGAACUUCUAUUAAUGGCAACAUGACUGAUUUCUCUGGAACUGCAAAUGGAGCUGCUUAUACAUGGAUUUGUACGGAUUGCUCUACAUUCUAUUGGACAAAAUUGAGAUUCGAUAGGUUUUCAACGGUUUCCAAUAAAGCAUUUGUCAGUUUUCAAGGACAGACUCCAACUCAUAAACGAGAGAAGCUGAUCAGAUAUGACUUAACGACAGUCACCGAUUCAUACUUCCCUCAAGUGAUGCCAUCUAAUGUUCUGACCCUCAAUGUGUAUUCGACAAGAGUAGAAUUCUACUUUAACAAUAUUAUCAAUGAUUCUUCAUGGAGAAAGCCUUACAUUGGUCGUAAAGGAUAUAUCUUUGCACCAAAUCUUUGGACAAGUGCUGCCAAUGACUUCAACUAUGAAUUUCGUGAUGAUUCGCAAUUGUAUAACUUCACGAUGAACGUUAUCAAGGCAUCUUUCCCAGCAAGUAGCGAUAAGAUGACAUUGAAAAUUGGAUCAGGAGCGGGAACUCCAGCAGUGAACAACACAUAUCCCCGUGAUCUGUCUUCCAGUCAAAAAGUAAUAUCAAAUGGAAACUACAUGCAAGUUGGACUUUCUGCAUCAGUUGCGGCUGAUGUUCGUUUGUCAUUCGAAAUGCAAAAAGUCAAUCCAGCUAGCACCGUUGGAAUUCUCAUUGCUUUUGCCCUCGCUAUUUUCUAUGUUCUCUAA